AUGCCUGAAUUCCCUCCUAUGAAGAACGACCUGCUCCUGCGCGCUGCGCGUGGUGAGAAGGUCGAACGUCCACCCAUGUGGGUCAUGCGCCAGGCUGGCCGCUACCUGCCCGAGUACCACGAGGCCAAGGGCUCCCACGACUUCUUCGAGUGCUGUCGUUCGCCCGAGAUUGCCUCGACUCUGACUCUACAACCCAUUGAUCGUUAUGCUGGCCUCAUUGAUGGCUCCAUCAUCUUCUCCGACAUCCUCGUCAUUCCUCAGGCCAUGGGCAUGGAGGUCAUUAUGGUCGACAAGAAAGGCCCCCAUUUCCCCGACCCUCUCAUGUCCCCGAGCGACAAGCAGUACCACGAAAUCAUGGAAAGAGACGUCGAUGUCAAAGAGGCCCUGGACUACGUUUACAAGGCCAUCACCAUGACCAGACAGAAGCUCGACGGCCGCGUCCCUCUCUACGGCUUCUGUGGCGCUCCCUGGACUCUGCUCAGCUACAUGGUUGAAGGAGGUGGCACAAAGAUGUUCAAGCAAGUCAAGACCUGGAUCUUCAAGUACCCCGAGGAGAGCAAGAAGCUGCUUCAGAAGAUCGCCGAGCUCUGUGUUGAAUACCUUGCCCUGCAAGUCGUUGCUGGUGCUCAGAUUAUUCAGGUCUUUGACUCGUGGGCCGGCGAGCUGUCCCCCACUUCUUUCAAGGAGUUCUCCCUACCUUACUUGAACUACAUUGCAGACCACCUGCCCAACCGUCUCAGAGAAAUGGGCCAGGAAGUCGUUCCCAUGACUGUCUUCGCCAAGGGUGCAUGGUACGCUCUCGACGACCUCUGUGAUACCGCAUACAAUGUUAUUGGAUUGGACUGGCUGCACUCGCCCAAGGAGGCUUACGCCAUUGCUCAAAAGAAGGGCAAGGUUGUCCAAGGAAACGCCGACCCUGGCGUUCUUUACGGCGGAAAGGAGGCCAUCACCGCAGUGGUCAAAGAAAUGGUAGAGGGCUUCGGUGGUGGCAAGCAAGGUUGGAUUGCCAACCUGGGUCACGGAAUCACACCCUUCGUCAACCCCGAUGACCUCAAAUUCUUCUUCGAGGAGAUCCACAGGCUUUCAGGUAGAUGA